CCAGUUAAAGAUGGAAUACUGACAGUAGACCAGCAUGACGCCUAUAUGGAAACAGGCCUUGCGGAAGAAAACAACUAGACCCAAAUGGAAAGUGUCAGAUCAGAGAACUACCCUGCCUAAAUGCCCAAAUGCUACUCCUCGGAAUGCUUUUCCAUCAUACACAUUUGGCUCCAAGGCCCUGAAAUAUAGACCCUCAGAAAGCUCUGUGAUUGGCUCCUGUGGAUGGGAGGAGCCUGUGGUACACAGGGCAAGUGGCUUCCAUGGGAGACAUGCAGAAGAGAGCCCGGUGCGCCCACGUAUUGUGACAGUAGUUCGUCCGUGUGGCGAGCAGAGCCUGCGGAAGAUCUCCCUGUUGUUAAACCGCCGUGCAGUGCAGACGUUCGAGCUGCUCAUGACUGACGUGUCAGAAGCACUUGGUUAUCCUUGUUGGAACAGUGGCCGUAUCCGACGCCUCUUCAGCCCUGCUGGUCGAGAGAUACGCAGCCUCUCGGACUUCUUCCAUUUUGACCGUGCCUUCCUGGCAUUUGGAAACAGCCGACCAACACUUAGUGAAGUACGGGCUGCCCUAAAUGAGGUGUAUCCAGACAGUCCAGGUUACUGUGACAGCUUGAUAAAAUUGUGGGAGCGGAUCCUAAGGCCUAAGGGAGCCAAGGCUGAUAGUGGUUUCCAUGAUGAUGACCUCCAGACUGACAACUCUGUGAAUUUAGCCCUUGAUCCACUGGUGACCCAACCAGUGGCCAAUAAUUUGCAGCCAAUCAGAACACAAGUUAGGCAGAAAGACAAAGGGAGCAGAGAGAAGCAGAAAGGAGAGUGGAAGCGCUGGAAGAGACAUGUCCAACCUCAGACCAAAGCUCAGCUCAAAGAACAGAGUGGGACAGAGAGGAAGAAGGAGCCUGUUUUCUGCCGGAGCUGUAGAGGAGUUGGUCCCCCUGUUCCUCCUAUUGGAAACAAACAGCGUGCUAAUUGGGAAGGGCCUAAUAAUCAGAAAAAUGCUCCUCCCUUACAGACCAUCAGGAUGGAAAAACAACCACAGCAAGCAGACAAUAUAAACAGUGAUUCAAAAAUAUUCCAAAGCAAUGUCCUCAUUCCUGUGGCCCAGACAGAGACACCCAGUACACAAAACAUGCUUGUAUCAGAAUGGGAAGAGCAGAGAGAGUGGCAGCAGGGUCUCCCUCCUGACGGCAUGGAGGUGUUGCCGGAGGAAAUCCACCACUCCUAUGACCUCGGUGGCGUGGUGGGGGACGGGAAUUUUGCAGUGGUGCGGGAGUGUCGUGUGCGUGGCUGUUCCCAAACCUUCGCCAUGAAGAUCGUGGACAAGGCCAAGCUGCACGGCCGUGGUCACAUGAUCCAGAAUGAGAUUGCAUUGCUGCGCAGCCUGGCCCACCCACGCCUUGUGCAGCUUCUGCGUUCACACCACACACACACACAUGUCUACCUGCUGAUGGAGCUGGUUGCUGGUGGCGACUUGUUCGACGCCAUUGCCCGGAGCGGCCAGUUUACUGAGCCCUGUGCAGCCUGCAUGAUCCGAGACAUCAGCCAGGCCCUGGAGUACAUCCAUAACAAGAGCAUCGCACACAGAGACAUCAAACCUGAAAACCUUCUGGUCCAACGGCAUUCCACUGGAAUUAUGAACCUGAAGCUGGCUGACUUCGGCUUGGCAAUGGUGGUGACUGAGCCUGUGUUCACAGUGUGUGGCACACCCACUUAUGUUGCUCCUGAGAUACUUGCUGAGACAGGGUAUGGUGUUGAAGUGGACGUGUGGGCGAUGGGGGUCAUACUGUUUGUGCUGCUGAGUGGAUUUCCUCCAUUCCGCAGUCCAGAUCGCAAUCAGGAGGAACUCUUUCGUCUCAUCCAGAAGGGGGAGGUCCAUUUCCUAUCACCUUACUGGGACCAUGUGUCUAAUGGAGCUAAGGUUCUCAUCAGAGCUUUGAUGGAAGUGGACCCCAGUGUCAGGUUGACAGCCAGUCAAACUUUGCAAAACAGCUGGCUUCUGCAUGCAACAACACAGACUGACCACAAGGUGGCGAUAAACGCCAAUGACGCCACAAUCGACAAAAAAGACCACUUGAAACCAAGUCACAUAACAGAUGAGUGUAAUCAGCUCAAAUCAGACAGCAGCAAUAGUUUGUCUUCGAUAGUUCAAUCAGACCAAAUUAACAGUAACAGUAGAGAAAACAAAUACAAAGGCACAUCAGAACACGACAGAGAAACCAACAGGAGCCAGAGAGACCAGCAGCCUCUUGAGAGAAUAUCAUAUGCAAGAGAGACAAGUAAAAAUGGUAAUAUCCUGGAAAUAUCAGCAAAACAAAUAAAUAUGCCACAGCAAAGUCAGGAGAGACAAUUCCAAAAUGCUAGGAGUAGAACUGAUAACCACAACCAGCUGACAUCAGAAAAAUGGAGAGACCAAAAAUCCCAGCAAAAACAAGAACCAUCAACUUGACUGGAAGUAUGCAGGGUGACCAGUAAGGCACAAUAAUGUAAUGUAGCACAUUAAUUCAUGUAACCCAUAGCUAAUUAGAUACCGGAACACAUUUAAUUAAAAAGGUAAAACAUAUUUUACAGAUUUGUUAGUUAUGCAAAUUCACAUUGUGCCACUUGCAAGAGUAUAUAUUGUCUGAGCUAGCUAAGAUAAAAAAUACUGGUUCAUGGACUAUAAACACUUAAGCAUUCACACUCUACUAUCACUAAAACUUUGACUAAUCUAAGUCAAAACCAUUCUUUUUGGUCAUCUAAUACUGACCACUGUGAAACACAUACCACCACUGGGAUAACCCAAAUUGUGGAGGUGGGAGCUUCUCUGUAUAAUCAGAGUGCCAAAAAAUGAUGGCGAGAGAGGUUAUCCGUUUUAGGGCCAUUUCAGGUCCUUAUUUGCCCAGUUGGUACAGUCUGUAGUUUGAAUAUUUCAGCAGUAGCCCUAUUACUUACCUGAAACAUUUCUCUUUCCUUCGCAUGUAUCUUAAUGUAUAUGUUAAUGUGCCUGAAGGGUAUGAAUAGCAUCUUGUUUGUUUGUUUGUUUUUUUAAUUUUAUUCUAAUAUGUUAUUUUGUAUUAUUAAAUACCAUAUCAAAG